ACCAAGCGCUCCCACUGCUCAUUUCUGAAUCACCCAAGGCAUCCUGCAACAACAGAAGGGAAACAAGACUUCAUAAUCCUCAUCCUCACCGACUGGGAGAGCAGAUCUUGUCACAUAACUCUAAAGAAGAGCAAGGGUUGCAGCAGUCUCCAACUUUCACUCCUACACUGCCAGUUCAAGAAGGGUCUGGAGAGAAAAGGCCUAAAUAACAUGAUGAAUAAAAAAGGAAAAAAUAAUUGCAGACAAGAUUGCCGUCUCCUAGAGUAAGGUGAGCUUCAAAGAAUGAGAACAUGGAAAAGCCAGAGCCGUUCUACAGACUUCCAGUGUCAAAGCAGAAGACCAGUUCUGAGAUUAUAAAUGAAGCCAGAAGUGUUCUACGAACGCUAAGAACUCAGAGGCCAUUUACACCUGCAGAGGAUCAAAGGAAACUUUUUGGAUCUGGAUCUUCACGGGCUCCUCAAAAUAGACCUCCUUCAGUUUUUAGUCUUCAUACUUCCAGUUUUGAUUUGGCUGAAUCAAGACCUGCUUCUGGUGUUCGUCUCAGCCCAUUGGAUUAUAAGCCAAUACUAGUCAUUUCAUCUAAGGAUGAAGAUUCUUCUGUUUCCCUUCCAAAGCCUGCUGUGGAUGCUGCAGAGAUUAGGAAAAUCAGCAACGCUAGGGCACAGUUAUUUAGAAGAACUUCUCAGGGAGAUGCCUUUCCUGCUAAAAUGGCUCCACUGGAUCACCAUGAAGAGAAGCUUGAUUGUGAAGAACCAGCUAUGAUGAGUAGUCUUCACGGAACUAAUGAUAACUGCUUAGCAGAGCAAAGGGCAUACACACCAUUUAAUGACAAAAGCAGGCAAUUAAUUUGUAAUGAGCAUAGUGGUAAACCGGAAAGGGAAGAUGUUCUAAAAGGCACAGCAGGAAAACUUUUAUUUCAGCUGAAAGGUGAAAGUAACCAGAUGAAAAAGCAUGGCAUAGUUGCAUCGAAGCCAAGGAGCAUAGACUGGAAGACAAGAUUAACAGGAUUAGAGGAUGGUACGAGAGUAGAUGAAUCGGAAGAGGAAAAAAGCUUUUGGCAUGUGAAGGUUCUACCAAUUCUGCAAGAACUGGAAAGUGAAGACAACAUAGAAAGUCUUUGUUUGGCUUGCACCAAACUCUAUCAAGUCUUGAAUGAAGGAAAUAUGCUUGGAAAAAGAUGUAAAAGAAGAAGUAUGCUUCUGAAGACAUUGUAUAAACUUGUAGAAAUUGAUUCAGAUCCACUUUGCCUGAAGCUGGCAAAGAUUAUUCUGUCUAUGAAAGUGGAUGGAAAAAAUCUUCUCGGAGCCUGCAAGCUUGCAUUUAAAGUUUGCAGGAAUGGAAAAAAUGACUACCUCAUUCAAAAUGAUAGAUUACUAGAUUGUUUGUUGGAGGUCCUGAGAACUGAAGAUCUACAAAAAAACAAUGAAGCUAUCCUGUAUUGCUUGGGAGCUAUAAAAUUUAUGUCUGGAAAUGCAGUGCUCCUUAAUGAAAUGGUCAGCAAAGGAGCUGUUGAAUUGUUGCUGCAGUUAAUGAAGCAGAUUAAUAGUAUAAAAGAAAAUGACUCACAUUUCUCCAGCUUGGGCCACCUAUUAGUCCAGCUGACAGCUACUUUGCGAAACUUGGCUGACUUACCUCAGACGAGAUGCCAGCUCAUUUGCAGUGGUGCUGUCUGUGAGCUCUGUGUGGCACUGGAGCAGCAUAUGAUUGACAAGGAUGUGUGCACCUACAUUGUCAGGAUUUUCAGCAAACUUUCUUCGUACAAUGACUUCUGUGCAGCUUUAGCAGACUGCUCCAGAUGUUACAUCUUAUUUUUAGCCCUACUAAACAAACACCAGAAGCAGCAGGACUUGGUUAUCCGUAUCAUCUUUAUUCUUGGUAAUUUAACAGCAAAGAAUAACCAGGCCCGUGAGCAAUUUUUUAAAGAAGAAGGAAGUGUUAACACCUUGAUGUCAGUGUUCCAAACCUACCAUGAACUUGAUUUGAAUGAAGAGAAAUGGUACCAUGAAAGAAGAAGAGAAGAAAAAAAAAAUCCAAAGCAUCCUUCCAAAGCAGAAGAUGUUCUGAUAAAACUGAUACGAGUGCUGGCCAAUCUGUCCAUUCAUCCCAGUGUAGGAGCAGCUCUGGCAGCUGCCCAUUGUGUUGUAGAAUUACUUGUUACAGUACUAGAAUAUAAGUCAAUUGAAGUCUGCGAGGAGUUGGUGAUCAAUGCUGCAACAACAAUCAACAAUUUAUCCUUCUACAAAGUGAAGAGUUCUGCAGUUCAAGACAAGAAGCUACGCAUUGCUGAAAUGCUUUUGAAGCUGUUAAUGAGCAACAAUAUGGAUGGAGUUGUGGAAGCUGUCAGAGUCUUUGGCAAUCUUUCCCAGUAUCAUGAGAUCUGUGACUUCAUCGUACAGAAAAAGAUACACAAGUUCGUGAUUGCUUUACUUGAUGCCAAGAAUCAAGAUGUCUGUUUUUCUGCCUGUGGAGUCUUGCUCAAUCUCACAGUAGAUAAGGACAGACGAGCUCUUCUGAUGGAAGAAGGAGGAAUUGGGAAGUUAGUUGACUGCUUACGAGACUUUGGGCCAGCAGACUUGCAACUGGCUUGUUUGAUAUGCAAAACCCUCUGGAACUACAGUGAAAACAUCACAAGUGCGGCCUUGUGUUUUGGAGAAGAUACUGACACGUUGCUGAUGCUGCUCACAUCACUCUUAGAUGAAGAGCUUGCGUUGGGCUACAGCCUUGACAGAGGGGACCACCACAAACUAUACUGGGAAACAGAGUUCAAACCUGUGGCAGAAAAACUUCUGGACAGAAUUCAGAGCCAUCGCUCCUCUGUUUCCACUGCGAUCAUUACUGCAUUUUAAUCUGUUUGGGGCUUUUGUUAUUUGUGGAUUGUACAGAUAUACUUUUGCAAUGUAUGUUGCCAUUGGUAAGUGUAUUGGACAGCACAGGAAGUCAAUGUUUACAAAGCUGGUAAGGCUUAGUAUUUAUAUAAGGGAUACUAUCUUCUUAUGGGGCUUGCCUGAAAUUUUUGCAUUGUAAUUACAUUUUAGAAUGUAUUUGAGUUUCUCAAGCACCCAUUCAGUAAGAUUUUUCUUGGCUGGCAAAAAGAAAGAAAACUAUUUGCUGAAUCUCUCAUUUUAAAAGGGGAGUUAUCAGUGUAUACCUGGAUCCUGUGUCCCAUAAAGGAAUAUUGCUUGUUAGAAGCAAUCUGUUACCCAAAGACUUGGAUGCACUUUUACUCUAUAUGAAAUUCUGCAACAGAAUAACCCAAGUGCUAGGGUGGGCAUACUGGAGUGUUAUAUCAUGGGAUUCACUCUUCACACUGAAGGCUCUCACAGUCAGGAGGAAAGUUGCUCUUCUGCGAUCCCCCUUUCUUUACCUGAUGCCAUGUCUCACAUCUUUCUUUAUCUUAUGCCAUGGGCUCACAUCUCCAUCCAUGGGGCAAAACCAGGGCAGCCCCUUACAUAGUUCACAUUCCUUAUGAGGCUUAUUAGGCUCUUGGCCUGUUCGCUGGCUGUGUGGUCGCCUCCAUUGCAGCAGUCUACAGAAUAGAGCUUAGUACGGUUUGGCUCUGACAGCAGUUCUGCUGAAUUCAGAAAGAUCUGUUCUUAUCUUUGAUCUAUUCUUUAUUGUUCUUUCUUUUGCCAUUUUAA